AUGAUACCAAUACCAUCAUCAUCAUCAUCAUCAUCAUCAUCAUCAUCAUCAUCAUCAUCAUCAUCAUCAUCAUCAUCAUCAUCAUCAUCAUCAUCAUCAUCAUCAUCAUCAUCAUCAUCAUCAUCAUCAUCAUCAUCAUCAUCAUCAUCAUCAUCAUCAUCAUCAUCAUCAUCAUCAUCAUCAUCAUCAUCAUCAUCAUCAUCAUCAUCAUCAUCAUCAUCAUCAUCAUCAUCAUCAUCAUCAUCAUCAUCAUCAUCAUCAUCAUCAUCAUCAUCAUCAUCAUCAUCAUCAUCAUCAUCAUCAUCAUCAUCAUCAUCAUCAUCAUCAUCAUCAUCAUCAUCAUCAUCAUCAUCAUCAUCAUCAUCAUCAUCAUCAUCAUCAUCAUCAUCAUCAUCAUCAUCAUCAUCAUCAUCAUCAUCAUCAUCAUCAUCAUCAUCAUCAUCAUCAUCAUCAUCAUCAUCAUCAUCAUCAUCAUCAUCAUCAUCAUCAUCAUCAUCAUCAUCAUCAUCAUCAUCAUCAUCAUCAUCAUCAUCAUCAUCAUCAUCAUCAUCAUCAUCAUCAUCAUCAUCAUCAUCAUCAUCAUCAUCAUCAUCAUCAUCAUCAUCAUCAUCAUCAUCAUCAUCAUCAUCAUCAUCAUCAUCAUCAUCAUCAUCAUCAUCAUCAUCAUCAUCAUCAUCAUCAUCAUCAUCAUCAUCAUCAUCAUCAUCAUCAUCAUCAUCAUCAUCAUCAUCAUCAUCAUCAUCAUCAUCAUCAUCAUCAUCAUCAUCAUCAUCAUCAUCAUCAUCAUCAUCAUCAUCAUCAUCAUCAUCAUCAUCAUCAUCAUCAUCAUCAUCAUCAUCAUCAUCAUCAUCAUCAUCAUCAUCAUCAUCAUCAUCAUCAUCAUCAUCAUCAUCAUCAUCAUCAUCAUCAUCAUCAUCAUCAUCAUCAUCAUCAUCAUCAUCAUCAUCAUCAUCAUCAUCAUCAUCAUCAUCAUCAUCAUCAUCAUCAUCAUCAUCAUCAUCAUCAUCAUCAUCAUCAUCAUCAUCAUCAUCAUCAUCAUCAUCAUCAUCAUCAUCAUCAUCAUCAUCAUCAUCAUCAUCAUCAUCAUCAUCAUCAUCAUCAUCAUCAUCAUCAUCAUCAUCAUCAUCAUCAUCAUCACCAAUCUCUACAUUUAUUCAUCUUAUCAAUAGCUUUAAAUUGUAUUAA